UCAGCCACUGAGCCAUCCUUACCUGAUCCAGAGAUACGCAACUGGCCAUUAAAAGAUUGAAAUCCAAACUAAAGUUCUGUUAAUAAUUAGAAAUCACACAUUACACUAAUUUUAAUUUCCUUCACAGAUUAGAAUAUAAUGGCAAGCUCUGUGUAUUCAUCAACACCAGAGACAACGAAUGCUAACAGAGCUUGCCGUGCUGUACUCGGGCCCUGUACAGAUGGACUACGUGACACACUGCGUCACUAUGUCAUGCCUCUAACAUUUCAUCGCACCAUCAAACUAAAAGAAGAUAGGCUUCCUCGACUGACAAAAGAUCAGCGUGAUCUAAUAUUACCUCGACAUGGAAGUUAUACUGGGAACUAUGGUGAUAUGGACAUCUCCUUAUUGUAUAUCUUAUUGAGGAAUAUAUCUGGCAUACCUCCUCACUCCAAGGGCUGGGGCAACGAUCCCGACCCCCGUGACUCAAGUCUCUCGGCCAACAUCGAGAGAAUUCGAUUGGUCCGGAAUCAUUGUGUUCACUCAUGUGAUCCAUCCAUGUCCAACUCGGACUUUAACUCCAUCUGGUCCACCAUUAGAUCAGUGAUGGUGGAUCUGGAUGCCUUCCUUGUGAAUGGAAACAAAUAUGAAAAGGAGGUCGAUUUCCUGCGUCAAGAGUCGAUGGACCCUGAAAAUGACCUACAUUACGAAGAAGAACUGAGGAAGCAGGUGGAGGAAGAUACCAAAACGAGGGAAAUGGUGGUCAACCUUGAGAGGAGGAUAGAAGACACAUCAGAGAGAGUGGAGAAAUUGGAUGAUAAAAUGGAGAAGAUAACAAAGUCCCCCAUCCCCCCAAAUGUGAGAGAGCAAUACGAUGUUGAUGUUCAGAAAUGGAGAGAGGAAGACAAGCUUUACUAUGAAACCCACAGCUUUCCAUCAGUGAUGGAGAAAGUCAGGAACCAACCUUACAUAACGUUUGUUGGUGUGCCUGGGUCCGGGAAGUCUGCCACGGCUCACCACAUCGCCCUCAAGCUCCAGGAGGAAGGUUACGAGGUUGUACCAACCAGAGACGUCAAGAAGAUGGAGGACUAUGGUGACCCCAGGAAUCCGCAGGUUUUUGUUAUUGAUGAUGUGGUGGGUGUCUUUGGCCUCCAGAAAACUAAUUUAGAUGUAUUGACUAAUUAUGAACAGAAAAUAACGCAGCCUUGCAUGGUUAAGUCUAGAACUUUGAUGACAUGUAGAGAGGCUGUGUUCAAUGAGACACUACCUUACAAACCAUUCCUUACCAAAGAAGAGGCUGUGAUUACGUUACACAGUUCUGAUCAUGCAUUAAAUGACAAAGACAAAAAACAGAUUCUCAAGAAGUAUGGUAUAAAUGUAGAUUUAAUGUCGCCUGCAUUGCUGACAUCAACAUCUCGCAUGUUUCCUCUUCUCUGUAAAUUGUUCUCAAAGGAAACAAAAUUCAAAGCUCUUGGUUCAAAGUUUUUUUUUAAUCCAGUCCCAUGUAUCAUUGAUGAACUUGAUGAUAUGCAAAGACAUAACAAGCUGAAUUAUGCAACACUUGUUUUGUGUAUGCUAAAUGAAAACAGCCUCUCAAAAUACAUUUUAAGGGAUAGAAAAAAUGAACAUUUCAUGAAAUUCAAUAUGAAAAGUGACACUUUGGAAAAUUGUGAAUUAGAAAGUCAUACUAAUACAUUCAAAUUUGUGAAAGCCAUGUCAGCAAUGGAGGGGACAUACAUGAAACAGUGUGGUGUACAAUACACAUUUAUACAUGACUCCAUGUUUGAAAUCUGUGCUUAUCACUAUGGCAAACAGUUUCCUGACCAAAUGUUACUGUAUAUGAGUAGUAGUUAUAUUGCUAAUCAUGUCAAACCACAGACAAGUGAAUCAGGUAUUGAGAGCAAUGAUAAAAACAAUGAGAGGGAGGAAUCGUCUGAUCUGUGUAUAAGGUUACAUGAGGAUCAGUACCCACUGUUAGCAGAGAGAUUGUACAGAGAUAUACAGAACAUGAAGUUGUAUGAUGUUUUCAGGAAUCAGGUUUUAAAACAACCCCAGGUGUGUCAGGCUUUUAUUGGUGUGUUAGAGACAAAGUCAUAUACAGAAUUAAAAUCCGUAUUUCUGUCCAGUGACGGAGAGGUAGAUAAGAUAGCAAUUAAAGGACAGCGUGUGGAGAAGGAGGGGAAUGAGUGGGAGAGACAGGUGGUGCUGGUGGAUCAGAGGAAGAAACAAGAUGAUAAGGAGGAAAAAUUAUUGUAUGAAUACACACACAAUGUGAGGGUGAUCAGCUGGUCUAAAUCUGGGAUAGAUACAUGUAAUAAACGGGAAAGUGAAAUCAAUAGGCUAGUAAAAGAGUGUAGAUUACUUGUAUUGAGUUGUUAUAGUGGUGAUGUACAGACAGUCAGAGUUCUGCUUCCCGUCUGUAAGAAAGCAAUCAAUGGGAUAGGUAAGGUCAGUAAAAGUCUUCUUUGGUAUUGUUCACCUCUUACUGCAGCAUGUGAGGGAGGGCAUUUAUGUAUAGUGAAGGAGCUGCUGGAGGCUGGUGCUGAUGUCAAGCUACAGACUAACAAUAUACUGAAGAAUAAUACACCACUGACAACUGCAUGUGAGAGAGGACAUGUGAGUGUGGUGAAGGAGCUGGUAAAGGCGGCGGCUGAUGUCAAUCUACAGGGUAAUUACAGGAAUACACCACUGAUAGCUGCAUCUGCAUGUAAGAGAGGACAUGUGAGUGUGGUGAAGGAGCUGGUGAAGGCGGGGGCUGAUGUCAAUCUACAGGGUAAUUACAGGAAUACAUCACUGAUAGCUGCAUGUAAGAGAGGACAUGUGAGUGUGGUGAAGGAGCUGGUGAAGGCGGGGGCUGAUGUCAAUCUACAGGGGGCUGAUGUCAAUCUACAGACUAACAGUAUACUGGAAAAAACACCACUGAUAACUGCAUGUAAGGGAGGGCAUGUGAGUGUGGUGAAGGAGCUGGUGAAGGCGGGGGCUGAUGUGAAUCUACAGGAUAGAGAAGGGAAUACACCACUGAUAGCUGCAUGUGAGGGAGGACAUGUGAGUGUGGUGAAGGAGCUGGUGAAGGCGGCGGCUGAUGUCAAUCUACGGAAUAAGUACAGUGAUACACCACUGAUAGCUGCAUGUAAGCAAGGACAUGCGAGUGUGGUGGAGGAGCUGGUUAAGUCGGGGGCUGAUGUCAAUCUGCAGAAGAGAGGGCGGAAUAGAGAGGGGGAUACACCACUGAUAGCUACAGUAAGACAGGGUUCUUUAUCAACAGUGAAAUAUCUAGUGCAACAUGGAGCUGACUUGGAUACUCAGGUUGUUGAUAUUAAUGUGUCAGCAGUAUAUACAGCAUUAAUACUGAACAAACCAGAUAUAGUGAAAUAUCUCAUACAGGAACAAAACAAAAUCACUCCAGGUCAGUUUAAUGGAAAUGCACACCUAUUUAACUGUCUGGUGUACAUCAGACACGCUGGAGUUAAAACAGACAGUAGGGAUGAUGUGGUAGUGACAGACAGAUCAGUGUGGUGUAUGUAUAGAUGGGGAGAUUUGUGGAGGACAAUCUUUAAGGGAGACUGUGAUGCACUGAGACGUCUGAUGUGUCUGGGUCUGGAUGUCAAUCAGUCGAUACAGUUGUAUGAUAUAUUCCACAGUAAGUCUGAUGUGAGACCUCUGUUGUAUACACUGAUUAAUGAGGAACAUAUUUAUGUUCUUCAUAGAAUGGAGAAGGUAAGGAUGCUGCUGGGGGCAGGGGUGGACGUCAAUGUCAGGGUGAGGUAUAGUGAGUAUGACUCUGUGUUAGACAGGGUGAGGUAUAGAAAGUAUCACUCUGUGUUAGACAGGGAGGGUGUGUCUGUUCUAGAGAGGACGAGGCGACUGGUGUCUGAGUGCAGUAAGAGUGAAUAUUCAUUGUACAGAGACAGAUUGCCAGAGUACAAGAGAUUGAUGUGUGAGAUAAAGGAACAUGUCAGAAGACACUCUGUAUAG